AUGGCAUCCAAAGCCAAACUGACGGUGGCCACCGCUGACACUAGCCGUGGUGAAAUACGCCAGCAGCUCAAGGCUCUAGUGAACAAGGAAGACACUACGACCAUGGUGGUGGCGUUGGCCUCGAGCAGAGAGGCCACCGCGGCGGCGGCGACGGCGUUCAAGAUCAACGGAGAGGAACGUCGUCGUCGUCGUCGGUCCUCCACGGAGGAUGCCACGGUGCUGAUCACAGCAGCAGCAAGCCCCGGUGCUAACGGUGAAGAUGCAGCAUCGGUGAUGUUUGGUGAUCUGUUGAAGGAGAAACUCGGCAGUGCCACAACGAUGGUGGUAGCCAUGGUGGUGUCCAAGGGAGAGGACGCCACGAGGCCUAGCUCCAAGGCGUCCAUGGAUCCCCUGUUGCUAUCACUGGCGUCGCGAGGUGACUGCGACAGGCUUGAUGAUGUUCUCAAGAACAUGGUAUCCACGAAGCCUAGCUCCAAGGCGUCCAUGGAUCCUGACGAGGAGCUCGAGCGUGGCUCUGGCGGUGCUGCUGCUGAUCAAGCCUCUGCCAUGGCCAUGGACCUGGAAGGGGUCACCAUUGAUGGGGAUACUGCACUCCAUGUCGUUGCCACAUGUGGCGACAGCAGAAGCUACUUGAGGAGUGCAGACAUCAUCCACAGGAAGGCCCAACGUGAUCUGCUGUUAGUACAGGACAAGAAUGGUGACACGCCUCUGCACUGUGCUGCCAGGGCUGGGAGGGCUCAGAUGGUUUCUCAUCUAAUUCAUCUGGCUCAAACCGAGGAGGAUAACAACUCUGGUGGCAGCAGCAGCUCGAGACUGAAGGAACAGCUUCUCAGGAUGGAAAACAACCUUCAUGAGACGGCCUUGCAGGAUGCAGUGCGCAUUGGAAACAAGGAAAUAGUCACCAAGCUACUUGAAUCCGAUCCAGAAUUGGCCAGCUACCCUUUGGACGGAGCAGGAAUUUCAGCGAUGUACCUAGCGGUCUUGCUAAACCGUGUCGACAUCGUGAAGUUGCUGCAUCAAAUGAGUGAAGGGAAUAACCCCUCCUACUCUGGCCCAAAGGGACAGAACGCAUUGCACGCAGCGGUUCUCCGAGGCAAAGAGAUGACUGAACUAUUGCUGAAUUUGAAUAAAGACCUCACAAAACAAGCGGACCAAAAUGGAAGCACGCCACUUCACUUCGCCGCAUCACUGUCAUCGAUAAGAACAGCAGACCGAGAGCGGAUGUCAUGCACUCCAAUCAUCAUUCCUGUGCUGGAAGCCGACCCAACUCAGCUGUACCAGCCAGAUUCUGAAGGACUGUACCCUGUACAUGUGGCUGCCUUCUCAGGUGCCCAAACAGCAGUCAGCUAUUUCAUCAAGGAGCGACCUGAGAUCGCUGGUUUCCGCGAUUCCAAGGGGAGGACAUUCCUCCAUGUUGCUGCUGAAAGGGACAGAGGUUGCAUAAUAGUUGCGAAUGCUUGCAGUGAUCCGUCGUUGGCAUGGAUUCUGAAUCUGCAAGACAACGAUGGCAACACUGCUAUGCACGUCGCAGUGCAGCAUGGGCGUGUUAGCAGUUUCUGUUCCCUGCUGAGUAACAGGGAAGUAAACUUGAACAUACCAAACAAUGAGGGGCAGACAUCCUUAGAUGUAUCGAUGAGUACUAUUCCUGGAGGGUUUUUAUAUCUACUGAACCCUGAUAUACUAAUGUUGGACGCACUAAUAAAAUGCAAUGCAAAGAUGGGUUGUCGUCGGGUGGAUCACUUUCAGGAAAAAGAAAAAGAUGAACGGACGGAGUUAGAGAAAGUGUCAGGUUCAACGGGAACUCUGGGCAUUGGGUGUGUGCUGAUUGUCACCGUCACGUUUGGCGUAAUCUUCGCCGUACCUGGAGGCUACAUGGCUGACGAUCACUACAACGGUGGCACGCCAGCACUUGCCGGAAGCCUUAUAUUUCACGCAUUCAUCGUGGCCAACACAGUAGCAUUCCUUCUGUCCAGCUUAGCUACCAUCAGCCUCAUGCUCUCUGGAAGCCCCUUUGUCAGUCUGUCACUUCGUCAAUCGCACUUCCUAAUAGCUAUGAGCCUGGCCGUUUGUUCAGUGGCAAGCUUGGCUACCACCUUUGUGCUAGGCAUGUUUCUGGUGCUGGCCCCGGUGGCUCUGUGGACUGCAGUAGCAAUCUGUGUACUCACGGCGAUCGCGUCUCUGUUCUGUGUGUACUCAAUCGUUCAUGUUAGGCUUACUAUAUCAAAAGCGAUAAAGGCUAGGAUCGGGAGAACUUAUAAGCUACUCGGUUCAGCGGCAAUAAUCUCUAGGAAAUGA